CUAUUGUGCUUCCUAGCACGCCAACCUAACAUACAGCGUUAUUCCUGGCCAGCUCGCAAACGUGAAGCAACCCCUUUAUUGCUCUGCAUCUCUAAGGUUACAUAAUCACAUCCUUCAACCCAUCGGCUUCCAGAGGGCCCUUCCACCUGGCAUUCAUUUUCCGCAUCGUUCUAGGCAUCGGGGACACAGACGCACGGCUUGUAUGGCUUGAGUUACCAAAACAGUUUGUAAGGGUCUUUGGAGACUCCUGCCUCUAAGACAAAGCUUGAAAGUCACAGCAGGCAGUGUUAUGGUAAUUAUAGGAUUCUCAACUCCGCAAAAUCCCAUCGGUUUCAAGUUUCUCUUUAACAGGAAAUCAGAUUCAAACCGGCCUCCGUUAUCAGUGGAGUUUUUAAUGUGACCAUGUGGCUCAGUAGCUGAAAAGGGGCCGUAUUUCUUCCCAGACCCUUGAGUACUUCUCCUUGUCAAUCAACACUUUAGUCUUGCUCCGCCCAUCGCUGUGUAGGUGAGGACGAAGUUUAGGGGCGGGACCGGGCGGGGCAGGGGGCUCGGGGAACACGACUCCGGAGCUGGUUCCUGAAGCAAGGUCCGGCUCCGGGCACCGGGACGCGCUGGUGGCAGAGGCGGCAGGCGCGCGGCUUUGUGGCGCGCGCGGGUUCCACUGGGUGUCGUGGAGUCGCAGCCACCCAGGAUACUCUGCCUGGUCGCGGGUGUCGCAUGGCAAGCCCCGCGCGAUCCGGCUUCCCCGGGCGCACGAACAGCCGUCUGGACGCGUUCUUGCGGCGGCACCUGCCUCCGGAGGUGUACGACGCGGUCCGCGCCUACGAGCCGUGCAUCGUGGUGUCGGACGCCGAGAAGCACACGUUCAAGUACGUGGUGCUCAGCGACCGGCUCAUCUACCUGACCGAGAACCCGCCCAAGUCCAUCCGGCGGGUAGUGGCUUUGCGGGACGUCGUGGCCAUUGACCUGAUCGACGAUUACCCAGAAUUUCUGAGUUCACCAGACAGAGAGAUCAACCAGCACAUUCGGAUUGUCUAUUCGUCAACGGUCUUGAAAAAGGAGCGCGGAAAAUCGAAAGGGGUCGGGAAAUUCCUAUUUCCUGCUCACCACAGCACUGCCAACAAAAAAGUCAAGCAAGAGAAUAAUGGCCCUACCUUUUGGAGAAGAAAAGUUUCUAGGACUCUGAAUGAAUCCUCUCUCAGGUCCCAACAGGAGAGCAGCACUCCAUUCAAGGACCCAACUUCCCAUCCUUCAGACCUCAAGGAACUGUCCCCUGCAGGCCAAGGCACCUCUCGGCCUUUGCCUACCCUCUCUAGUUGUCAGUCUAUGGCAGCUACUGACAUGCCAGUCUGCUCCCUGUCUCUUGCAUCAAGCACAAACGAACCCCAGGAGCUUCCAGAUCCCAGAGACGCCCCAAGAGAAGGUUCUUUCAGGCUUGAUGGAAACCAAAGUGAGUUUGGCUUAGGAAAUUCUCUCCCAGCCUCUCCUUUGCACAGCUGCCGGAACCUGGAGAAGGAGGAGUCUGAACUCCAUCUGUAUAUAAUUUCUGCAACCUCAUCGAUAUUUCUGCACCUAAAGAGCUCGUGGAACAACUACAUUAUAAGAGCCACUCUUUUACAGGAUCCUCUAUGUGCCAGCGAGCACAAUGAUGUCAUCGGGAAGCCAAAGCCAUACAGAUCUGAGGAGAAAAUUAAGCACUUUUGUCAGUUGAAGUCUGAACUUUUUCUUAAAGACAAUACUUUGAGGAAGAUACUGUGUUUAAUUACCGAACUUAGAGUGGCAGCCCAGAGAAACUUCAUCCUGAAAAGGCUUUUCUGGAAAACCAGUGAGCUUUUCUACUUCCUAGUGAACAAACUUCACGAGUAUCUGCCAGAGUCGAGGGACAAGCAUGCUCUUCAAAACAAAAGCCAGAGGGCUGAUGAGCUGAUGGCGUGCAUUGAAAUUAUACAGACGCUAGGGCUGAUGUUCAGAGAAACAGAAAUUGAAUCGUCACGAUUGAACACACUGGCAGCUAAGAAGGGAACACUGUUUAAUCUCUUAGUAAUUCUAAUUAGCAAGCCGAAGGUUCCAAAGUCCUGCUCCAAGUCUGAUGCCCAGCCGGUGGCUGAUCCAACCUCAGCCGAAGUGUUUUUCGACAGUCAGUUACAGAAGCUCACCCUGGAGUACACGGACACUGCCACAGCUCUGCUCUACGAGAUUCUGCUCAUCUUUCAGCAGGUACAGGGAAAUCUUGGAUUGGGAUCCACGAAGUUCGCUAUUAGCUGGAUGAUGUCCUUUCUGCAAAGCUGUCCUCCCAUCAUGGCGUUUGUGGCCAGGAUCGUGGAGGGAGUGGUGAGAGGGCUCUCAGCUUCAUUCCAGCUGCUGACUCCCUGCCAAGCAGUUCUGUUGUACCAGCAGUUUUACAUCCUCAGGAGCUGCCUGCAGCAUAGCAAGGCUCUGGCCGAGUAUAUUAGGAAUGACCACCGUGAGGAGUUCAGGUACUUUAUUCACAUGCCGGCCUUGGAGCAGAGGCUCCCAGGCUGCUACCCCAUUACAGAGCCCACCACUCAGCUCUGUCAUGAAGUUCUGCAGUUGAUUGAGCAGAAACAGUGUGCAAAAUGUUAGAGGAGGUUAGAAGUAUAAAGUAUCCACUGAAGUCACUAUGGAAAACAGCCUUUUGAUUUAUGGACUAUUUAGCUCCUUCCUUCUAAAGAGUCUAGUGAAGUGCUCAUUAACACCGCUUUAAGAGCUCUUACUUUUUGGUUUCUGCUUUCUUGAGAUAGGGUUUCUCUGUGUAGUCCUGGCUGUCCUGGAACUCCUUCUGUAGACCUUGAACUCACAGAGAUCUGCCUGCCGCUGCCUCCGCCUCCCAAGCACUAGGAGUAAAAUGUGUGUCCCCACGCCCAGUUCUGGGGUGGGGGUAGAGUCUUAAUUUUUUUUUAAGUAGCUAUGUCUGGGCUGAGAGCCUGCAACUCAGAGGCAGAGUCUCUACCUAGCAUCUGUGAAGAUGUGUGUUCAAGCUCUACCACAGGAAAAAAAAAAAAAAAACAAACAAAACCAAAAAACCCCAAACAAACAGUAACAAAACCAAAGCAAAACAACCCAGCCCCAAGCAACACAAACACUGGCUACAUCUUUCUUCACUUAUGGAAAGUGCCGUACCUCUCCAGAAUGAAAGCUUUCUCAAAGCCAUGAAAACAGUACUGAGCAAGCGCAGAAUCUCAGAGCCUGCGUGUGCAGAACAGAUCUCGUGGGUCUCCUUGGCGAUUGGAGGGAGCCACUGGAACACCCGCAGCAAGAUUGUCGUAGAAGUACAAAGUACACAGCCUUAGAGAAGUGCCCGGCGAUGGCGUGUGGGUGAUGGCGUGCGGCACUUUCUCCCCUACCCGGAAAUAUUUUAAUGUCAAAAGUGUGCCUGCAGCAGUGGGCAGGAGGACACCACUGCAGCUGCACGGAAUACUGAAGGAAAACAGGCAGGACUUCCUGUGGGGAAGCUCCGCAGUAUGCUGCUCUGUUUCACGCCAGAGUGGGCCAGUCUGAACCAGCCUGUGGAGCCUCUCGCACUCAUUUACAAAAGGUCACACUGAGUGGCUGUAAGUUAACUUAGACCCCAAACACUUUCUGGAGCUGUUGCGUUUGACUUUAAAAAACACCAGAAGUGGGCUUUCUGUAUAACUUCCUACAGCCUGAGGAAGUAGGAGAGGAAAGUCUGCUUCCAAAGAAAGUGCACUCUGGGCGGCUUUGCCUGUGGUGCUCAAUGGAACCACGGCUGGGGACUUUGUUGAGACUUAGUUUCGUGUCAUAAAUUUGUCCAGCAAUAUUUAAAUUAUUUUACAGUGAUCAUUUUUUAAUAUAAUAUUUAUAUGAUUUUGACUGAUUGCUCAAUAUAUUUCUUAAAUUUACUACUUCUAUAGCUUUCUAAAUAUUUUAUGUAAAAAUAGAACCGUUCCAGCUGAGACUGUAGCUCAAAUGGUAGGGCACUUGCCUAGCAUGUAGGGAGGCCCCGGGUUCAGUGUCCAGCACCACAAAAAAUAAUAAAAUAAAAACUGGCUUCUAGAUAUGAGACUUUGUGUUAAAAAAGGCAUGCAGACACUUUUAGCUUCUCAAAUUGCUACUCUGAGAGGCUGUAGGUGGCUAAGGAGGGAACCUUCUUACCCAUGUUCCAGAUGUGUGCACCUGCCCUGGGCAGCCUCAGCCGCCUCCUCGCCCUGCUGUGCUCCCACACGCCAUUCUUACUGCGCCAGUAAUGACUUGAUUUGCCAGCAUCCCAGGCAAGUUCUUAUGUGCUGGUUUCGUUGUCAGUGCAGUGUUUAAUAGAAUCAUUGUAAGAUCUUUCAAAAGAAAAAAAAUACCAUAAAGGUAGUACUGAGUUUUCAACUUGAAAAACCUGGUAUACUGUGACUCUCAAAAUAAUGUUUUGAUACAUUGAUAAAAAAUGUUUUGUUUGCAGAUUAUUUAUAAAUUACUAGUCUUA